AUGCUUCGAUUACCAGCCAUUCGCCGUGCUUCGGUCGCCAUUGCUCGACGCACCUAUGCUUCAAAGACCAAGACGCCAAAGCCCAAGGUCAGCAAUGUCAACACAAAGGCUCGUGUACCCGUCAAAGAAAUGACCCUGGACGACGGCAGCAUUUUCGUUGUACGCGAAUCACCAGUGACCCCCAAAGUGCAAGCAACAGCUCCUCCUCUUCGUCAACCUUAUGAGAAAAAGUACAAUCUCUCCGAUGCUCAAAUUGCUGAAAUGCGUCAGUUACGGCAACAAGAUCCCAGCACCUGGACACGGAAAAAGUUGGCUGAUAAGUUUGGUUGCUCCGAACUCUUUGUCAGCAUAGCAGCUCCCACAGCAAAACGUGCCGCUCAACAACAACCAGAAGCAGCAGCAGCAGCAGCAACCGAGGAAGGUUAUCGACGUCAAUUGAUCAAGAAGAACAGAGAGAGAAGACGAGAACUUUGGUAG